AUGGAGAAACAUCUUCAUGCAGUAUUUUUUAACUCUAGUACGAGCAAUUCCAUAAAAGUGGAGGCACCAGUCCCAAAGAAGAAAUGGGAAGGAAUCUGGGAUGCGACGAAAUUCGGCAAAAUAUGCAAUCAGAUGAGUUAUACGCCUCCCAAUCAAAGUGAAGAUUGCUUAUUUGUGAAUGUCUAUACACCCAAUAUUACUGACAAUUUGCCAGUGAUGUUUUUUAUAUAUGGAGGGGGAUUCGUCGCAGGUGCCUCUAACUCCUAUGGUCCUGAUUUCUUAAUGGAGCAGGACGUUGUUCUGGUUACAAUCAACUACAGAGUAGGACCUUAUGGUUUCCUUUCGACUGGAGAUGAUUUGGUACCUGGAAACGCUGGAUUGAAAGAUCAGAAUUUGGCCUUAAAGUGGGCCAAUCAGUACAUCCAUCAUUUUGGUGGUGAUCCAACCAAAAUUACAAUUUUUGGUCAGAGUGCUGGCUCUGCUUCUUGUGCUUAUCAGAUUAUGAGUCCGUUAUCUAAAGGUACAACGAUAUGGGAUAAGUUAAGUUUUGUACCAGUGAAGUUAUAG